GCUCGGCUCUAUGAAAAAGGCCAUGUAAGCGCCACCUAGUGUGUAGGAAGAAGCAAGCCCCUUCCGAAAAGAGAGCCGAUGAUUUUGUAAAUGGCGCAGCCACGGCUCAGCUGUGGAGUGCGCUCCUUAUAGUUGUGAGUUGCAAACGGUUGUUGUAACGCGCUACGAGCAACGGUUAAAGUGUACUAUGGCUAUCGCACACGUAUGAGUAGAUAAUUAUGUAUCGUCUUGACACGCGCUUUGUCUGCGACACGAACCGCGUUUGAGAGAGUAGAGUCAGUCUGCAGCCAGAACAGCCGCAGUAACGCCGCCGCCAAGGCGCCAAUUCGCGCAGCCAGAGUAGCGGAGCGUGGAGAAAAUAAAUAAAGUGAGCCAACAACAGAGCAGUGCGUGUGCGUAUGUCUGCGACCAGGAUGUCCCGAGAGUAACACGGGCAUCUGGCCAGCUGCCCGCAGUUGCCGUGAUAAUGCCUGAGCGCUUAACUGGCCGCCGUUGACUUUGACCAGCCCUUACCAGUAGACCAAAGUAGAGGCAAAGCAAUACAAGGGUAGCUGAUAAAUUGUAAAGAUGGAAAUCAUUAGGGAUGAAGAUAGGCGUAGGCGCCUGCGAGCUCUUGAAGAGCGUAUCAGGGAUCCUCGUAGCAUAACAAAUAUUGAUUGCCUAUUGGAUACUGUACAGGCUCUGGUGUCUGACUGUGAUCACCCUAGUGUCAAAAGAAUGAAAAAUAUCGAAGCCUAUAUGAAUAGAUAUGAUUCCAUUGCCCAAGAUAUUUGUAAGAUGCGCAUGCGCCCAGAUGAUUUCACUCUUAUUAAAGUUAUUGGUAGAGGAGCUUUUGGUGAAGUACAAUUGGUGAGACAUAAAUCAACACAAAAAGUAUAUGCCAUGAAAUUAUUGAGCAAAUUUGAAAUGAUUAAAAGGUCAGAUUCAGCGUUUUUCUGGGAAGAACGAGAUAUCAUGGCUCAUGCCAAUUCUGAGUGGAUAGUUCAAUUGCAUUUUGCAUUUCAAGAUCAAAAGUAUCUUUACAUGGUGAUGGAUUAUAUGCCUGGCGGAGAUUUAGUGAAUCUUAUGUCACAGUAUGAUGUGCCUGAAAAGUGGGCAAAGUUUUACUGUGCAGAAGUGGUACUCGCGCUGGAUGCAAUACACAAUAUGGGAUUCGUUCAUCGCGACGUGAAGCCCGAUAAUAUGCUCCUGGACAAACACGGCCACUUGAAAUUAGCCGACUUCGGCACAUGCAUGAGAAUGGACAGCGACGGUCUUGUUCGAUCCGACACAGCGGUCGGUACACCGGACUACAUAUCCCCGGAAGUUCUACAAUCGCAAGGCGGAGAGGGAGAGUACGGCCGCGAGUGCGACUGGUGGUCAGUCGGAGUCUUUCUCUAUGAAAUGCUUGUCGGCGAUACCCCAUUCUAUGCAGACUCGCUCGUCGGCACUUACUCGAAAAUAAUGGACUUCCGAAACUCACUGCACUUCCCUCAGGAGGUUGAUAUCUCGCCUUCGGCCAAAAGCCUGAUCUGCGGAUUCCUGACCGACAGGCAACAGCGCCUGGGAAGAAAUGGCGUAGAAGAGAUCAAGAGCCACGCGUUUUUUAAGAACGACCAGUGGACUUUUGAAAAUUUGCGAGAGAGUGUCCCGCCGGUGGUGCCCGAACUGUCGGGCGAUGACGACACCAGUAAUUUCGACGACGUAGAAAAAGAGGAUGGCCCUGAAGAGAACUUCCCCAUUCCGAAAGCCUUCUCGGGAAAUCACUUGCCCUUCAUUGGCUUUACCUACUCGAGUGAUUAUCAUCUGAUAGCCAACAUAGGAAGGGAGGCUGUGGACGGAUUGGAGAAUCACGUAAAUAAUGGUUGCACGAGCGGUGGUGACGAUGUCAAGGUCGAGUGUCAGUUGGAGUGCCUACUGGAUAAAGAGAAAAAGGCUGUGGAACUAUUGGAGGCGAAGCAGAAGUGCCUUGUAGCGCAGCUGGACUCGGUGACACGGAUGGAGGCCGAGUUGCGCGAGGAGGCUGCACGCGCCGACAAAGAGUUGACGUUGCUAAGGCACAAUUGCAAGGAAGCCCAGCGGCGGAUCGAGCAAGAGGUAGAGACGCGCAGAAAGGCUGAAUCGCUGCUGGCCGAGCUUAAGAAGAAGUUCGAGGAUGAACAGACGAGGCGGGCCAGAGACGCAAGCUCGAGUCAGCAGUCCUCGGAAAAGAUCCAAAGCCUGGAGGCUCAGCUGAAGGAGAUGCAGUCUAAGAUGGAGCGCGAGAAAGAAACGUCGACAAGACUACGUAAAGAGAAAACUGAGUUGACGCUCGGGAAGCAGACGGCCGAGCAGAUGGCCAACGAGCUGCAGGUCGCGCGCUCGCAGCUACAGGCCCAGCGGGACUUACUCCAGCAGGAGGUUGCCAGUCUUCAAGGCCAGCUGUCGAAAGAGAGGAGUUCGCGUUCACAGGCAUCGACACUGACCGCGGAGUUAGAGAGCCGGCUCACAGCUCUACAUCAUGAACUCGAGCGCAGUCGCGAGCGCGAGGAGAAGACCAUGCUGGACAAUCGUCAGCUUAAUGAAAGAAUAUCCGGUCUUGAAAAGGAGGCCGCUAGUCUCGCGCUCGAGCUCAAAGCUGCACAGACUCGAUACAAUCAAGAAAUUAUCGUCGCUCGACAGGAAACAGAACGCUCCAGGAUAUCCUCCAAAGAUGAGGUCAACUUGGAAGACGUUAAAGGACGAAUGGAUAGAGUAUUAGCAGCAGCACUUCAAGCCAAGCUGAAUGAGGAAAAGAAUGGAAGACAACGAGCCGAGCUUUUGGCUCAAGAAAAAGAACGCCAAACAUCGAUGCUUUCUGUAGACUACCGUCAAAUUCAGCAACGACUUCAAAAAUUAGAAGGCGAGCAUAGACAAGAGGCGGAGAAGGUAAAGGCUCUGCAGGUGCAGAUCGAGCAGGAACAGCAGAAGCGCUCGAUUUUGCAGUCUGACUUGGCGCAACAAUCUUCAGAUACCAGCAGGCUGAGAGCUAGAGAGCAGCAGCUGGUCGGUGAAGUAACGCAACUUCGGGAAGCUAAGAGGCAAUUUGAGGAAGAACUGCAUCAUUUGAAAACUCAAAGGAACGUCGAUCAGCUACAGACGAAAGAGUUACAGGAACAGUUGGAGGCUGAGGCAUAUUUUUCGACGCUUUACAAAACGCAAACCCAGGAGCUUCGCGAGGAGCUCGACGAGAAGACAAAACUUCAACAGGAGCUGGAAGAAGAACGUACUUCUUUGGUCCAUCAGCUGCAGUUGUCUCUAGCUCGUGGCGACAGCGAGGCGCUUGCUCGCUCAAUAGCCGAGGAGACAGUGGCCGAUCUUGAGAAGGAGCGCACUAUGAAGGAACUUGAGUACAAGGACAGCGUGGCUAAGCAUCAUCAGGAUCUCAAUGCCAAAGAACAGCUGAUCAAUCGUUUGAAAGAUAGUGAGAUGGAGGCAAAGAAAAAUUGCGAGCAAUACUGCAAGGAGAAGGAAGAGCUGUCAAAGCGUUUGAAAGAGCUGCAAGAGCAGAUGAACAAGGUUCAAUACAACGCUGACGAGAUAGAAAGACUAAGCAGCAAGCUGAAAACGGAACAGUUACUAAAGCAUCAGGCCAUUAAUAAGCUUACCGAGAUCACCAGUAGAAAGGACUUCUCGGUCAGCGGAAAGACUAAAAACAAGGCUUCCUCGGCUGAUUUCAAGAAGAAAGAGAAAGAUUGUCGAAGAUUGCAACAAGAAUUAACGCUGGAGAGGGAGAAGUACGGACAGCUGUUGUCGAAAUUACAAAAGGACUUGCAAGACUUGCAGGCACAACUUGUGGAGGAAAAUUCCGCCAAUAGAAGGUUGCAAAUGGAGCUAGAUUCUAAGGAUUCGGAGAUAGAGACGCUACAAAUGAAGAUAACGUCAAUGAACUCGGAGACUGCGAGUGUCUCGUCAAUUGAAAAUGACGGCGAGGACUCUGUGCUCUCGGAGCACGGGGUGAUGAGGCUAGAAGGAUGGCUAAGUGUGCCUAACAAGCAAAAUAUCAAGAGACAUGGUUGGAAAAAGCAAUAUGUUGUUGUUUCCUCAAAAAAGAUCAUCUUUUACAACAGCGAAAACGACAAGAUAAAUGCAGAUCCCGUUCUGAUAUUGGACCUUAGUAAAGUUUUUCACGUGCGAUCUGUCACUCAAGGAGAUGUGAUCCGAGCUGAUGCCAAAGAUAUUCCUAGGAUAUUUCAGUUACUCUACGCUGGCGAAGGUGAAGCCCGACGGCCAGGCGAUGAGGGUAACGCUUUGCCUGGAUCUGAAUUGUCACAACUGGGUGAUAAACCUGGCACACAGCCUGUUAAGGGGCAUGAAUUUAUUUCCAUUUCUUUUCACAUGCCUACCACAUGUGAAAUAUGCUCGAAGCAAUUGUGGCACAUGUUCAGACCGCCUCCUGCUUUAGAAUGCCGACGAUGUCAUAUCAAGGUGCACAAAGAACAUUUGGAUAAAAAGGAGGAUGCUAUAGCCCCAUGUAAGCUUCAUUAUGAUCCCAAUAGUGCUCGAGAACUGCUCGUACUUGCAGGUAGCCCCGACGAUCAAAAGUAUUGGGUGACUCGACUUUCUCGCAGAAUCCAAAAGUGCGGUUACAAGGCCAACUCGCAUAUCGAUGGCACAGGCCAACGAGUUUCACCAAGAGAAUCGACAAGGUCAACUCUUAAACCGUAUUUAUCAGCCCAACAAAGAUCAGCAACAUUACCCGCAAAUGCUAGCAUGGGCAAAUGACUAUAGAAAAACGAGCUUUUUUUAUAACAAGUACACUCCCUUUUAUUGGUUGGCAAACGUACGUCAGAUCAUUGGAAAGAGUGAUGAUAACGAAUAACGUCUUCGUAUAAUUUUCCAGUUCAUACAGCGUUUUUCUAUAUGCUUUAUCUAUGAUGUGCCACUUCUACAAUUUAACAAGCAUCUGUUAAUUAAUGUUUUAAAGGUUGUGCGAGUACAGAUGUGCUUGUAUCCAUGAAAAUACAUCAAAACAUUUUUUAUUCUUGUGCAUUUUUUCGUCUUUCAAAAACAUUUGUAAUGUAUGAGCUAUGGAAUAGAUAGAUUUGAUACAUUUUUUACAAUUGAAUUAAUGACCAAUCAGUCGAUAACGGAAAACAAGCAAUGAAUUGUAGGUCAAAGCGAACUUAUAUAUAUAUGUAAAUUAAUUUAGAGACCGUUACGCUUUGAUGUUAACAACUUUAAUAUGGAGUUAGCUUAGUAGUUAUAUAAUUGCCUUUAAAUAUGUAAAUAAAAUAAUAAAAGGAAAGAAAGGUAGUAAAUACAUUUCCUUAUUGUAAGCCGCAUUAUUAUCAGUAAGCGUGAUCAAAAGUUUUACAUUUCCCCAAAUUAAAAAAGAAAUCAGCUUUUAACGUGACGUUUUGUUUUCAAUUCGUUACUGGCUUAUUUGAUAAAAUAAGUAUUGUAAAAACUAAACAACUAGGCCUUUCAGAAGCACAUCAUAAAAAUGCAUACAUGCAUCUGUUCAUAUAAAUUAGAAAUGAAUAAUUGUUAAAAAAAACAAAUCUAAUUAGUUGGAAUAGGGAGAGGGGGGUUGCAUUCAAAAUUUUUAUACCAACAACUGACUGAACAGCCAUGUUAAUUCAAAUCAUCGCAAAAUGUGUAUCAAAACCGAUUAUUUAAUCGUAGUUCUACUUUCAGAACUUAUUUUUAUAUAAAAUAAUAUGGUUAUAUUUGAGGAUAUUUGAAUUGAUAUGUCAUGUUUUUUUUGGAUACUGAUUGUCUUUACCGUACUCCUUUUGCUUAUUGAAACAUUUGACUGGACUUCAUAUAUUUGAUUGAAUACUGUGAUUGCAUUUACAUGUUGUUAUAUCGAUUACAUUUUUCAGUAUAUUGGUUAUAAAAUAUAUAAUAGCAAACCAUGUGGACUUAUCUAUUUAGUUACUCAAUUGUAUACAUUUUUGGGAAAACUCGUCGAGUGUAUGUGUAGUGUAUAAAAGUGGAGAUAUUAAUGGGUUAGCGAUAAAGAAACCAAAAAGAUUUUGUAAUAAUUACUUUUCUAAAAACACUGGUAUGAAUCAUUUGUUACUUUUAAUAUACAUGUGCGCAAAUCAAAAAGUUUAUAAGAUGAAAAUGUUGGAUUUAGAAAAUAAAAAUUUCAAUCACUGGUUUACACUCAUAACUAUUAGGCAGUUUUUUUAUUUAUUUUUUUUUGUUUUUUCUAGAGAACACAUUAUUUAUUCUUGAUUCAAUUAUUGAUGACAUAUUUUGAUAAAAAAAAUAGAAUUUUAGUUUUAUCUUACAUUUCUAUCAUGAAAUGUAACAUACAAAAAUUAUGUACAUUUAUUAUUAUCAUUAACUUGUGUUGUCGUCGAUUGCUGUAUAAGUACCGUGUAUUGAAUUUAUUGUUAGAUGAAAAUUGUUAUCACACGAAUGAAAUAAUUAAUAUGAAAUACAGCGCGAUUUUGUAAAGAUCAUUUGAAAACAAGCACCAAUUGAAAUGUACUGUAUUUUUAUUAAUAUCACUAAGUUUGUUUUUCAUCUUGAAACGAUUUAUUAAGUUUUGAAAUGAAAUGUGGGUAUUUUGCUGGUUGAAUUGAAAAUAGCAAUGAUUAAAAUAAAAACAUAGAAAAAGUGCCUCGAGAGGAAAUAAUUGAAAACAAUUAUUUCACUUGUACAAUAAUUUUCAACAGUGAUAAGGAUUAGUCUUACUGGAAUUAAAUUGUAAUUCAAUCGAUUUUCAUUGCUUUUGCUAUGAGUGUGAAAAUGUAAUACAUUGUCAAAAGUUUCAUAAAUAACCAAUAGCGCCUAUUGGUGGUUUGGUGCUAUUAUCUCGACGAAAUAAGGGAUAGAACAGAGAAAUACAAAAAAGGAGCAAAUUACGUAAAUGUAACGUAAAUUACACAAUAAAUGAGAAUAAAUAAAUGAAUAGAGAAAAAGAAACAUUUACGAAAGUUGUGGACAAUUUACUGCCGUGUGCCUUCUGU